AUGACUAACAACGAAGAACACCAACUCCACUUUGACACCCUUCAGUUGCACGCUGGCCAAGAGGUGGAUAAGACCACCAAUGCUCGUGCUGUUCCUAUCUAUGCCACUAGUUCCUACACCUUCAACAGCACUGAUCAUGGUGCCAACCUUUUUGCCCUCAAGGAAUCUGGUAACAUUUACUCGAGAAUCAUGAACCCAACCAAUGAUGUGGUGGAGAAGCGUAUUGCUGCUUUGGAAAAGGGUGCCGCUGCCACUGUACUUUCAUCGGGCCAAGCAGCUCAAUUCUUGACAUUGACCACUAUUUGCCGUGCUGGUGACAAUAUCGUCUCGAGUGCCAGUUUGUAUGGUGGUACUUAUAACCAACUCAAGGUGGUAUUCCCUCGUCUUGGUAUCAAGGUCAAAUUUGUGCAAAGCAACGACCCUGAGGAAUUCAAAAAGUUGAUUGAUGAAAACACUCGUGCUGUGUAUGUGGAGAGCAUUGGUAACCCUGCUUUUGUUGUCCCCGACUUUGAAGCUUUGGCCAAGGUUGCUCAUGAUGCUGGUAUCCCUCUCGUUGUUGACAAUACCUUUGGUGCAGGUGGUUACCUUGUGAAGCCCAUCGAGCAUGGUGCUGACAUUGUUGUUCAUUCGGCUACAAAGUGGAUUGGAGGUCAUGGCACCACCAUUGCUGGUGUGGUGAUUGAUUCCGGCAAGUUCCCUUGGAACAACGGCAAAUUCCCUGAGUUCACUGAUCCAUCGCCUGGAUACCACGGCAUGAAGUUCUGGGAUACCUUUGGUCCACUCUCCUUCACCUUCAGAUUGAAGACUGAAUCCUUGCGUGAUAUUGGUGCUUGCCUUAAUCCUUUCGGCUCCUUCUUGAUUUUGCAAGGUCUUGAGACUCUUUCGCUUCGUGUCCAACGUACCGUUGAUAACGCAUUGGAGCUUGCUCGUUGGUUGCAAAACCAUCCCAACGUCAAUUGGGUUAACUACCUUGGCCUCGAGGACCAUCCAUCACAUCAAACUGCCCAAAAGUAUCUUCGUCAUGGUUUCGGUGGUGUGUUGACCUUUGGUGCCAAGGGAUCUCUCAAGGCUUUCAUUGAAAAUGUCAAGCUUGCUUCUCACUUGGCAAACGUUGGUGAUGCCAAAACAUUAGUGAUUGCCCCUGCUCUUACCACCCAUCAACAAUUGUCGGAUGAAGAACAAGAAGCUUCAGGUGUCACUAAGGAUAUGAUCCGUGUCUCGGUUGGCAUUGAGCAUAUUGAUGACAUCAAGUGGGACUUUGAUCAAGCUCUCAAGAUUGCAGCAAGCACCAAGUCCGCUUAA